AUAGGCUUGUGCCUUGGGUGAAUUUUCAUUUAUUAUGCAUCUACUUCCUCCUCGACUUUUCUUUUUCUCUCUCUCUUUGUUACUUUUCUCUCUUCCUCACGCUGCCCAUGGGGUUGGUUUAUGCUCUCGGAAAUUCUGCCACAUUCUCGGUCUGUGUCUCGAUGAGAGCAUCGAUAUUGCUCCCCUUCCGUCGUUCGUUUCUUGUUUUGGGGUUCGGGCCCCGCCGACUCUCUGUUCGGCUCGAUCAGCCUUGAAUUUCGCCUUACAAUUGCCUCGUUGGCGAGUCUGGACAUUUUCUUGAAUUUCCAUCGAUUUGUUCUCCCACACCACUGUCGAUCCGGUGGCAACCGCAUAUACUUCAGCAUGUUCCGGGUGGGUUCGUGGCUCUACGGCAAAAAGCCGAACGCCAAUGACUCAACCCAGUCGCUCGAUUCGCUCGCCGAACUGCGUGAUCUGGAUGAUGCUUUGAAGGCUGCCACACUCAUCCUCAAUGACGAUGUAGAUGGUGCCGAGAGUGGCCUCGCUGAAGGCAUUUCAUCGUUCCACCAUCUCGGUCGCGGUGUCGUCGCAUUUAUUCGGGCGACCUUGGGAUUCGAACAGGAGAUCAUGCGCCAAGCGUCGGAAAGAUUGAACAUGGCGGAAAACACUGCCUACAGCGACCAGAAUAAGGCCCAACACAAUUCCAACGCGCCGAACUCCUACCACUCGCAGAUGUAUGCGCCGGGAACAGAGUUCGCUCUCGUUCAGGCUAUGGCUCAGCUCAUGAGCGCCGUGGUUGGGGUCCUCAACGAGAGUCUCACGGAGAGUAUCAAGGGUUUCUAUAAGUUGCGAAAGGCCUAUAUCGCCUUAGACGCCAUCUUGAAGAUGGAGCAGAAGUUCAUCCAGGAGAAGCGGUCUGCUGAUCCGAAGCGUUCGGUACCCAGCACUGAACCAACCAAGCCAGAUCCGAAAGCCGCCGCCUCGGAAACGGCCAGAAUCUCGCAGCAGUUAUCGGAAAUGAACGUCUCGGACUCUGAUGUGUCAACGGACUCGUCCAGCCGCGCUCAAUCGGACAUGUUGAGCCACGACCCCGACUCGGAUAUCUUCCACAACCGCAUCGAUGUCUUCGUGCACUCCGGCGCCAAUUUUUGCUUCGGCAUUCUGCUGUUGCUCAUUUCCAUGGUGCCCCCCGCGUUCAGCAAACUUCUCAGUAUCAUCGGAUUCCACGGAGACAAGGAGCGAGGGCUGCGGAUGUUGUGGCAGGCGAGCAAGUUCCAUAACUUGAUCGGUGCCAUCUCUGCCUUUGCCAUCCUCGGGUAUUACAACGGGUUCGUUCGUUACUGUGACAUCAUGCCUGACGCCGGGGAAGAUGGCGACGUGCAGGGCUAUCCCCAGGAGAGACUCGAAGCUCUCUUGGGGGUGAUGCGGAAACGAUUUCCUAACAGUCAGCUUUGGGUCCUCGAAGAAUCGAGAAUGAAAGGUGCCAACAAGGAUCUCGAUACGGCAUUGGAGCUUUUGUGCGGCGAAGACCGCAGUCCAUUGAAGCAGGUUGAGGCUUUGAGGGUGUUUGAGCGGAGUUUGAAUGCGAUGUAUCUCCACAAGUAUGAACUGUGUGCGGAGUCGUUUAUUGAGUGUGUCGACCUCAAUUCUUGGUCUCGUUCAUUGUACUAUUACAUCGCUGGGGCGUCGCAUCUUACCUUAUACCGAGGUGCUCUGGAAACGGACCCUACUGCAGCAUCCAAACAUGCGGAGAAGGCCACCGAAUACUUCCGGAUAGCACCCACUCUAGCCGGAAAGAAAAAGUUCAUGGCCCGACAGCUACCAUUCGACGUUUUUGUUGCACGAAAGGUAGCCAAGUGGGAGGCCCGCGCCAAGGAGUGGAAGGUACCUCUCGUCGAGGCCGUCGGGGUCGACCCCGUGGAGGAGAUGAUCUUCUUCUGGAACGGCCACAGCCGGAUGACAACGGAGCAACUCGAGGAGUCCCUCGAGAAACUCGCCUGGUCCGAAAAUCCCGCUAACAAGACCUGGUCCAAGGAAGGCGUCGAGGAGAAAGCCAUCCUGCAGUUGCUGCGAGCGGCCGUUUUCCGGUCGAUGCGCAAACACGAGCAGGCUAGGGAGAUUCUCAAAACGGAUGUUCUGCACCACGACAAGGCGACGUUCAACGGUCACCUCAAAGAUAACUGGAUCUUGCCUGUCGCUAACUUCGAGAUGGCCGCCAACUGCUGGAUGGAACGCCCGGCGUACACACCCAACCACGGUGCUCCCGACGCUCACGAUACCGCCCCGGAGCCGUCUCCAAAGCCCGCUGAUCCCGCCGCCGCAGCGCAGCUGGAAGAACAAAAAGUGCGCGAGUGUAAGGAGUAUCUGGAGAAGGCGGCGCGCUGGGAGAGCUACGAGCUCGAUGCUCGCAUCGGGCUCAAGGUCACGGCCGCCAUGGAGGCCGUGAACAAGUGGGAGAGUAUGCACUCUUCGGCAUGAUUCGAUGUAUUAUGAUCUUGUAAAUCUGCCUUUACGGUCGAUGGGAAAUCGGAAAUCUGGGAGAACCUAGCGUUGGUUCGGGGUUUGUGGGACGGGAUGGGAUUCACGGAUAGAGGAUGGCUGGCGAAUGCACUACACGACACAUCUGGUUUUGUAUAUAGCGUAGACUAAAUG